AGGCCACUGGUUUUCCAACUUAAUAUAUUUUUAUACGCCAGCUUCCGUAGCCAUCCCUAAAGAAUAUUGUUUCUGUUGGCUCAACGGGUCGCCAUCAACACGACGUUUCAACACCAGAUAAUAGUAAAGGCAGGCCUGCAGCCCGAGUUGGAUCCGACCUCUUUUAGCAAAUAUUGGAUCUUUCAUAAAUGUGUGACGUAGGCAGAGGAGAGCCCCCCGGCCGCUCGGAGCGGGGCGUCAGUGCAGCAGAGGAUCCGCGGGCAGGACGGGAGAGGAUGAUGAAGAUGAAGCUGGUCGUGUGUUGCCUCUGUUUGGUGCUGUUGGCCGUCUGCGCAGACGCCAACCCCAUCAUCAAGGAGAGCUUCGCUAAACAACUGCUCCGCAGCAAGAGGCAAGAGCGCCCCAUGAAGGCCGGACACCCCGACGAGCCGAUGAGGGAGCAUCUGCUCCACAUGCAGGUGCUGGAUCAGAGGGCCCAAGAGACCAACCUGGAGCACUGGCUGAACCCCCACUGCUACCCGCGCUGUAACCGGAACUACGGCCACCCCGUCUAGUGACGACACAGGGUGAUCGACUUGUCAAGCGGCAACGACGGCGGCGAGGGUGAGUCGGCGGUGACGUCACGCAGAAGGUCCAGCAUGCAGAAGGUCCAGCGUGUUCUUGUGUGAGCCGUGGGCAACAGGGCCACACGGGGCACAUUGGUGACUCUGGAUAGAAACUCACUGGAGCGAUGUAGUUUGCAGUUAAACGUAGUCCGUAGAUAUUUCAAAAAUAUUGUUCCUUAGAAACCUGUAAACGGUACAUAUUAGAAAACAGACAAUAAAUAUAAAUGCACGAAGCGUUUAGCUGUGACGAUC